UUGACAGUUGACAUUUCUUAUCGAAAGUUUAUCGUACAUGGUUACGAUAACUUAAAAAUAAUUUAAAACAGUUUAAUAGUUUUAUUAUUACUUGUCCACUACAGUGUUAGUGACAAGUAUUUGAUUAGUUUUUACGAUAAUAAUGCCUAAAGUGUAGUUAAAGGCGCCUUUUUAGAUUUUCUUUAGUGUUAUGUUAUAACCUAUAAAAUUUAUUUCUAUUCAAAUUAAUUAUAUUCUUGAAAUGGAUAAUCAAGGGAAACAUGUUAUUCGUGUCGGUUCGAGGAAGAGCGAGUUGGCGCUCAUUCAAACUAAUUUUGUUAUUGACAGCUUAAAGAAAGUUUAUCCUGAUAAAGAAUUUAAGAUAGUAACCAUGACAACGUUAGGUGAUAGAAUCCUGGACGUCUCCCUGCCGAAGAUUGGAGAGAAAUCUCUGUUCACCAAAGACCUGGAGGAUGCUUUAAGAAAUGACACUGUAGACUUUGUAGUACAUUCCCUGAAAGAUUUACCUACUUCGCUGCCUGAUGGACUAGCUAUUGGAGCUGUGUUUGAAAGGGAAGACCCCAGAGAUGCUUUAGUUUUACGUGAUGAUGUCAAGGAAUGCACUUUAGCGUCUCUACCUACUGGUUCAGUUAUUGGUACUUCCUCACUCCGACGCACUGCGCAGCUAAGAGGAUCGUUCCCACAUUUGUCGAUAACAGACGUUCGUGGUAACCUCAACACUAGACUGCGUAAGCUGGAUGCGCCCACCAAGGAAUAUUCCGCCUUAUUACUCGCUUAUUCCGGGCUUCAGAGAAUGGGCUGGGGAAAUCGGAUAUCCAGGGUACUGUCAUGUGCUGAGAUGAUGUACGCAGUUGGCCAAGGCGCCUUGGCGGUGGAGUGUCGGUCGGAUAACCAACAGUUACUGGACAUGUUGGCGCCCUUUAACCAUCCAGAAACGUACUGCAGGAUAUUGGCUGAAAGGAGCUUUCUUAAGACUUUGGGUGGCGGUUGCAGUGCUCCAGUAGGCGUGUCGACAAAACUAAAGCCCCUAGACACAAACUUCCAACUAACAAUCACAGGCGGAGUCUGGAGUCUUGACGGCCUCACCAAAGUCGAGCACACAUUGGAACAAACAUUUGCUCAAAUAAAACAAACGCACAAACACAAACUCAGUCCUACCGAAGAGGGUAGUAACAAAAAACUUAAGGUUGACGACGAAAAUGCCGACGAACAAUCAAAUGACAAUAAUUCCGACGAAAUCGAUAAAAGCGUUGAGAAAAUCGAAAAUCCAACAAAUAUUUUAGAUGAUUUAGAUAAAAAGACUAGAAUUUUCUGCGGUCUAACAGAAAAUCCUAAUAUUCCAAUAGAUGUUAUAAUCAAAUGUGAUAACUUAGGACGCGAUUUAGCUAAUGAGUUGAUAUCUAAAGGUGCUUUAGAUGUAAUGAAAGUUACGCAGGACCUCAUUCGGAGCUCUAUUGUUAAGAGCUCUUGACGGGUACUUAGAUAUUGUUAUAGAAGAAUUAUUAUUAUUAAAUAUGGCGCAUAUUUUUAUACCGUUAAUAUCGAAUACUUAUACUAAAGAUGCCUGCGACUUCGUCCGCGUGGAUUUUGGUUUUUAAAGAUCCCGUGGGAGCUGGUUGGUUUUCUGGGAUAAAAAGUUGCCUAUGUCAAUUACAUGGACGUAAGC